GACCGGGAUCGGGAUCGGGACCGGGAUCGGGCUCGGGCUCGGGGCCGGGAUCGGGAUCCUGCCCGGCAAACAGCUCUGGAAUGGCCUCGGGGCUGGAGCGAUCCGUGCGGAAGGAGUUCUGAGCCGCUCACACGAGAAGUGCGCUCCGCGUCUGGAGCGCUGCGUCCAUCUGUGGGCUCCUCAGCACGAGAGGGACGUGCAGCUCCUGGAGCGGGUCCGGGACGGGGCAGCGGAGGGGAUGAAGGGGCUCUGAAGAGGAAAGGCUGAGGGAGCUGGGCCUGUUCGGCCUUGAGAAGAGACGGCUGAGAGGGGCCCUCAUCAAUGUCUACAAGUACCUAAAGAGGGAAUACCAAGAAGAUGGAUAAAGGAACUUCUCGGUGGUGCCAGGCAAUGGGACAAGAGGCAACGGGCAGAAGUUCCACAUGAACAUGAGGAAGAAAUUCUUUUCUGUGCCGGCGACCAAGCACUGGAACAGGCUGUCCAGAGAAGCUGUGGAGUCUCCCUCACUAGAGAUAUUCCAGACCUGUCUGGGUACAACCCUGUGCUCUGGGAUGACCCUGCUGGAGCGGGAGGUUGGACCAGAUGAUCCACUGUGGCCUCUUCCAGCUUUACCUUGGUUCUCUAAUUCUGUGAAGUUUCAGCUAAUGUGGCUGAUUCAGACCUUCUGGGACUUUGUACUUAAAAGUUUUGGAGCACUCCUUGUUAUAAAUUAAAACUGUUUUCUUCCCAGUUAUUAAUUGAAUCUGUCAUAAAAAUAAUUUAAUAUGUAAUACUAGAAUUUUGUUCAUGUGUUUGUCUAUGCCUAGUUAAAAUCCUUACCUGUAGGCAGAGGAAGCUUAUGUUCCUGUCUCCACUUAUUUCCAUGGAGCACUCAGCUGAAGAUAAACAGAAAUCAUUUUUGAUACACUUUUACAAUCAGCCCCAGUCAUCUCAUGCCUGAAAAUUUCAUUUUAGGUAGGAGGGAAAUGUUAGAAGAUAUUGCACAGAAGAAAAAAGGGCUGCAAAUAAAAUCAAAAGUAAGACUGCAAAGCAAACAUCUCAGGGUCCCAACUAAAAUUUGCCCUGCUGCACUCUGAGUCAGUGUAUCUGCAUGCCUGGUAGUAAACAACUUGAGAAAUGUCCUUUAAUUGAUGGAUUAUUACUACUUAUGUAAGAAUAUUUGGACAAAACUGGGACAACCUUUUCCCUGUUCUCCCUGUCACCUCACAAUAGAAAAUAUGUAUCAGGUCAAUAGCUUCCUGCUGGGACAGCCCCAAUUCCACCCACAUCAUGUUUCCUGCAGGCCUUCAGAUGUGCCUUGCCUGUACAGAUUCGUGGCCUCCAGGAUGUAUUCCUCUUGCUCCUGUCCGGGCUGCUGCAGGCAUGGUUGUGUCCCCAAGCUCCCUUACAGAGACUUACACCUCACACUCAUACCCCCAUGAGUCAAACUGGAGUUGUAGCUACAAAACAGAUCUUCUAAACAGUUCUAAACAGGUUGAGGAAAAGGUUUAAUGCUGGACCACUGGUUCUCUGUAAUGCCAAAUUACCAGCAAGCUUUUUGGCAUAUUUCUGUCCAUGACUAACCAGCAUCUCCACAGCAAUGCCUGGGCACCAGAAGAACACCAGCACACACCAAGAACAGUGAGAAGCUACUGGCUUGGUGGUGGAAUUUGACCUUGCUUUGCCUUGUCUGGCUGGGAGAAACCACACCUCCCCCCCAAGUUUGGGGCAUCUGUACAUGGAAUAUGAUGAGGAUGAUGAUAUUUUCUUUGCAAAAUGGAUGAGCAGCUUCUGGGGCCACAACUUGAUCGAUGAGGAGAAAGAAGGCAGAGGCCACAAGAAACGUCAGCCACAGCUCUGGAGUGAAAGGAGGGCAUCCCUACCGGCCAAGCUUUCAUCCCUCCAUACAACACGACUUCACGCUUCUGCCAAAGGCUCAUCUUCAGGCCACCUCAGGGGCUCCAAGGAAUUUCAGGAAGACCAAGAUGUCAAAUGUCACUGCCACAGGAAGGCAAGCAGAACGCCUUCAGCAGACAGCUCAUGUCCAGAGACAAGAUCAAACUCCAUUCAGGAAUUUGCAGAGUCCUUUGAAAAGCAAUUGCAUCUCAAAAGCAAACGCUCAGUUUCUCUGCAACCUGAAGGUGCAAAAGAGAGACGAGAAAGAGAAAAAUUGCAUUUGAGAAAAAGCAAGUCUCAUAAGAAAAUGGGAGAGAAAUCAGAGGCAAGGAGAGAGCGGGAUGAAGCUGAAAGUUCAGAAGUACCUGCAAAACACAGCAAACAGUCUCCAUCACAAGCAAACAUUCAGAAAGGUUAUGUAUCCACAGGCAGCUAGAACACAUUGAGAUAAUCAAUCUUAACACUCCCCCUGAAGAGCAGAGGGAGCAUUCCUGUUCUGUUUUGACUAGAAGCAGCCUGUUAGCUAGAAUCAGCCCUAAGUUGUAAAAUAAAACUCAACUGCAUCGCUGGCACCAUGUUACUACCUUCCUUUCUUUACUUUUAUCAUUGGAAAUAUGACCUUUGUCACAGGAGUGUAUCAGUAGCAAGAUCCAAGUUAGAGAUUAACCACUAUGAGAGGAUUUCAGGCAUAUUUAGCAUUGCAGUAGGACAGUGGUGGAUGCGUUCCUUUAAGAGGAGGCCACCACCUAUGUAUUACAGAGCCAUGCAAAGCUUUAUGUUUUUAAUUGAAAGCAGCUUUUUGGUAGGUUUGGGAAGAAAAAAGUACAUAUAAACAACUAACUGCUUCCUGGCCCUGACAUUCACUUAGAUUUGUCUCAGAAACAGGUAUCUUUUUGCUCUGACAGUCUUUCAGCUCCAAAUUUAUGUAAGAGAAGAGAAGCCCAUGUCUCUGUUACACCUCCCUGAUGUCUCACUUCUCUCUGCUUUUCCUGUCACUGUGCAGUGUGACUCGUUUCACCGGCAUCUCCCAGGCCUCUGCCAUGUCCUCAGUCCCAUUUCCCCAGCCACACAGCUAGUUCUUUCUCUCAACUUUACCCACAGAAUUCACAGAAUGACUAGAUUGGAAGAGACCUUAAAGAUCAUCCAGUCCAACCCAUGCCCGAAUACCUCAACUAAACCGUGGCAUCGAGUGCCAUAUGCAGUCUUUUUUUAAACAUCACCUCAUUACCUUGCUUCUUUUGUGGCCUUUCCUCUCUCCAUUUAUUACUUCACUGCCUUGCAGCUACCAACCUCUUCUGCUACAGCUCUACUUUUGCUUCAUCAACAUCUGAGCCUUGCUGAAAAUUCUUUAAUAAAACCAGAGAUAUUCUGUCUCAUAUUUCCAUGUAAUAUCUUCAAGGGGUUGAUAGGGCAUUGCAACGCUGUUUCCUUUUCCAGAAUUUGGGCCAAACUGUCUGUCUAUGGUGAGCAGGACCUAGGAAAAUGCUGAUCCUCUGGCUGAGGAUCUCCUGAAGACAGGUGUAAAUCUCAACUCCACAUGCUCACAAACACAUACACACUCUCACAAUCCCCCUAUGCUCCCCUCCCUUCAAAGUGCCAGUGUUCUUUGCAGAUACAACCCUUCCCUCUUUGGGAAUAAUCUUCCCAGGACUAGUAUGGAGAAAGCCUGAUUUGGAUAAUAUGGGGAGCAAAGAGUGAAGAGUAAUGAAGUCAUGAGCAAAAGUCAAAGUGUGAUGGAUAUUCUUCCUGUGAUUUUUCUGUAAUUAACAAAAAUCUUACUAAUUUACCUUAGGGCCUUACUUUUGAAUAUUCAGCCCUUUAAAUGCUUAGGGCAUCCUUAAAACUUUAUAACACUUAUAUCCUUUAUGGGAUUGAGUUGUUUGGGUUUUUUUGUUUAGGGCUUUGGGGGAUAUUUAAGAAAGCAAUUGAACCCUUACCGAUGCUUGUAAAUUGCUUCUUG